CAGACUGUGCAGGGGGCAGCCCAGCAGGCUCUAGGACUCCUCUGAUCGCCAGGCUGGGGGUUACUGUCACCCUUGGAACAGGCGCAGGGCAUGGGCUGAGACAGUGGAGGCAGCCACCAGAGGGCUCCUGCUUGCAGCCCACGGAACAAAGGUGACAAAUGUUCCCUCCGUGGAGUCUGUGCCUUUACACAGUGGCCACCUGUCCAGCCCCGGGGAGGCUCGCCAUCCAAGUGGCGCAGCCGCACGCUUGGCCUCUUACUCCCUGCCCUCCCCAAACCCUGACUCACUGGGGUUUUGUGCUCAGACUCAAAGAACCCCAUUGACAGCAGGACUGGGGCGGGUUUCUCUCCCUGCAGCCUGGUCUGCUGGGUGGCACGACCAGCCAAAUCUCCAAGCGCCCAGCCGUUGGCCUCUAGACCCCUCCCUGCCAGCCAGGCCCCCAGUGCGACAGCCCCAGCAGCAGGGGACUGGAGGAACAGGAGGCAAACACACCACCCCUGGGCCUCCAGGGGAGUCCUAAGCUCCCCCAAAAAUACCUUUGGAUGCUGAUGGCUGCACAGCCUGCUGCUCUGCCUGGGUGGUCUGGCAGCUCCCCCACUAUUUACUUUCCUUCCUGAGAGAGGCCAAAGGGAGGGACCAGCCAGGGAGCAGCCAGAGGGGCAGGGUGGGCCGGGCUGCAUCUGUCCUGAACUGCCCCGAUCCACCCUCCCCAAGCUCAGGGAGAGCCUCCCUGGGGCCACCUCCUCUUUCAUCAGCUCAGCUCGGGCCCAGCCCACAGGGCAAGAGGAAGGACCGAGGAAGAGGAGGAGGAAGAGAGGGAGCUUGGCCCCAAGCAGACCUCACAGGGCAGGGAAAGGCACUGGGUGCCGAAGUCCCAGGACAAGUGCCCAGCAAGGGCUCCCUCUGGCGACGGUAACUUGACACUUGGCUAUCCAGGACGACCAGCAACAAAAAGGCAAGGCUGGGGCGGCAGCUGGCUGUCAGUGGUGCGGAACCCAGGGCAGCGCGGCUCGGCUGGGCAGGAGAGCGGCGCCCACGGAGGAAGUGCAAGGUGGUGGCCUGGCUGGGGAGAGGAACUCGCGGCUCCAGUCUGGGACACUCCCGCUCAGCUCCCAGCCCGGCAGGCGCCCUGGUCGGAGCCCAGCACAGCAUGGCAGCCGCCAGCUUCGUGCAGGAGAUGCGCUCUGUGGGUGAGAGGCUGCUGGUCAAGCUGCAGAGGCUGCCCCAGGCUGACACCGUGGAGCUCCUGGCCUUCUCAAUCAUCGUCAUCUUCAUAGGCACUGUCCUGCUGCUGGUGGUGCUGGCCUGCAGCUACUGCUGCGUGCGCUGCUGCUGCCCUGAGCAGAGGGGCAGGCGGGUCCAGGUGCAGCCCGUGAAGCCCCGUGAGGGGCGGUGACGCACUGAGAAGCUGCAGAGGAGACUGCCAGAGCCAUGGCCAGCUGUCAGCCAGGCCCCGCGGACCCCGUCCCUCUAGACAAGGACCCCCUGGCCUCAGCUUGGCUCUGCCCUGGUGCCUGGACGCUGACACCAGAGCCUUUUCAAGGAAACAAAGGCAGGCACAGGCACAAAACUAAAGGCUGAGUAAACCACACAGGUCCUUGGCCUCCCUGUGUUUUUCAACAAGGCAAAGCAGCAGCGGUCCCGCACCUCCGGGAGCAGGCCCUCGGGGCUCAGCAGCCCCACACAAAGGAGAGGAAGCUGGUCAGAGGACGCUGCAGCAGCUACCAGAAGCCGAGGGCUGCAUGUCCGGAUUCUAGCCCAGGAUUUGCCUGUUUAUUUCCAAGUAAAAGCUGUUCGCUGUGUGUUUCUGUGAGACCAGAUUCCCUGAGGUUGCCUGGGCUGUGCAUCGGAAGGGCAGUGUGCCAGAUUCCAGGGGUGUGGCUAAUGACUGUCCCUUCUGGGCCUCGCUCUCCCCAUGCCCACGGAAGCCGGAAAAGCGAGUGAGGUGGAGAGCCAUGCAGGUGCUCAUGCCACAGAGCCAGUGAAGGGCACAGUGGCGUUCCUGUCACGCACUGGGUCAGCUCUGGCUGGAGCGGCCGAGGCUGCCCCCUGGCAGGUGCAGGCUCAGGAACGCCACGUGCCCGUUUCCACCACCAGUAACUUUUGUCUUCACUCCCCAGAUGAGCACGCGUGGGCCACUGCAUCUUCCCAAAUCCAGUCAGAGAGAGCUGUUAGAACGCAAGUGUUGUCUAUAAUCUGCAGCCCAGUUCUGGGCCACUUCCCCAGGGGCCCACUGACUGCGCUCACACCCACUCUUGCCCCUUACCAGGGAAAUGGGGCACAUCCUCGCCCCUGCUUCUGGGAUAUGCCGUGAGGACAUGCUAAGGCGGCCCGCGUCUGGCACGUAGCAUGGCGCUGGGCACACCUAAGAGCUCCACAAAUAGGAACUGUCACUCCGCCCUCUCGAUGCCACAGAGGCCCAGAGCACCAGGCCCUUUCUACAGAAUGGCCCUGCUGAAACCCGACAGCUUUCCUGCCUCCCCCUUCAGUGUUCGCUUCUGGACGAUGUUCCAGGGAGAGCAAGGCACCCAGGAAGCAGUCAAGGGAGGCACUCGAAUGCCAGCAGCCAGGAUGCAGCAGCUCCCCAGGUCAUGAAGAGCGUAUCUGUCAUGUGCUCGCGCACCUGGGCCCACGAAGUCCACGCUCCGGCUGUCUGGGAGCAGAGCCCUGUCUACUGAGAACACAGGUUGUGGAGAGGGGAACCAGACCCCGCCACCUCCAGCAGACGUCCUGGCCACAGUCAGGGGCAGCAGAAGCGCUAACUUUUUCACUUCCUGGUGUCCAUGGGACUUGCCUGACAGGUUUGGGCUGAAGACCUGGAGAGGAAGUGGUUCUAGCAGAAGCAGCUCAAGAAUCCACCUGUCUGGGCUCCCUCAAGGAAUGAGAUUCUCCAUCAUCAUCAUCAUCAUCAUAAAUGAUAGCAACGACGAUGAUCCUGAUAAAGACAACUGGAGCCCACUGAGGCCUUCCACUGCUCUGCUGUGUUUUGACAGUUAAACCCAUUUAAUCAUCACAUACCGCAGUGCUGCAGAUACCAUCAUUAUCCCCAUUUCAGAGACAAGGAAAUUGAGCCUUCGUGACAACAGGUGUCUUAAGUGCACAGCUGAAAACUGGCCCAGCCAGCCUCUGGGUCUAAAGCCUCUGGGUCCAGCCCGUCUGGCUCCGGGGCCUGGCUCACCACACCCAGGGCUGCAGGCCUCCUGGCUGCAGGACAGAUAAGGCUCUGAUUCUUAGAUUCUCUUAUCCUCUCCCAAGCAGCCACGCCCUGAACUGUCUCAGAUAAUGGGCAGGUGGAGAGCUGGGAAGUGCCCAACAGGUGUCCCUCCCAGAAGACAGAGGGACAGAGGCAGGGAGCUGGGAAGUGCCCAACAGGUGUCCCUCCCAGAAGACAGAGGGACAGAGGCAGGGAGGUGGGAGGGGCCAGAACCCUGGAUUCAGGACAAACACGGUCGUGGAGCAGUGCAGGUCCCCAAGGCUCCCCUUCAGCGUCAGGGAGAGCCCUGCUUGCUUGGUGGAAGGUUCUCUGGUUCCCAAUCGGCUGCUGAGAGGAGCAGUCGGAAUAGCCCGGGCUGGACAGGCUGGCUGGCUGGCUCACCUGCACCUCCCUCCCUGCUCUCUGUUCCGUGCCAAGCGGGACAAAUGGCUGAGUCAACAAUGCGUCAUCCCUGCCCACAGAGCACUCCCUCCUCCCUGCUCCACAGCAAGGUGGCACACACUGAGCCCUGCUGCGGCUGCUCCCCGGCAGCCAAGCCGGUCCCGCUGAGGUGAGCAAAGCAGCCAGACACUCCAGCGCAAGGCGGCUGGCGCAUCCCCAGGCAGGCAGCUCCUCUGUGCAUCUGCUCUGUGGAAGGUGGGCUGGAGGAAGAGGCCAUGGUCCCCCGCUGUAGGGCAGAACAAAGAUGCCGUGGACCUGGGACGCCUAAAGAUGGCUGUGGCCGUGAAGGGACUACCCUCUAAGAAUGUCUGACUCAGGGCUGGCGCUGUGGUGUAGUGGGUAAAGGCACAAUCUGUGGUGCUGACAUCCCAUAUGGAUGCCGGUUCGAGUCCCAGCUGCUCCACUUCCUAUCCAGCUCCCUGCUAUGGCCUGGGAAAGCAGUGGAAGAUGGCCCAAGUCCUUGGACCCCUGCCCCUGCGUGGGAGACCUGGAAGAAGCUCCUGGCUCCUGGCUUCAGAUGGGCGCAGCUCCAGCUGUUGAGGCCAAUUGAGGAGUGAGCCACCGGAUGGAAGACCCCCCACCACCACCACUCCUUCUGUGUGUAACUCUUUCAAAUAAAUACAUCUUAAAAAAAAAAAAAAAAAGAA